AUGGGUUUAUUUGGCGCAUUAGCAGGAGUUGCAUCCAGAUUUUUACCCGCAGUGGGAACAAUAGCUAGAGGUGCAUUUGGAAUUGGAAGG